AGUGGAACAUCAAGGCGAAUCUCAAAGAUGAUUGGAAACAUUAUUGCCUAACACCUGACACCAUGUCUGUUCGUACAGCUUUAGUUACAGGAUCCGCUAAUGGCAUUGGUCGCGCCAUCGCACUACGCCUGGCGCAAGAUGGUUUCCAGAUAGCCAUUAACGAUCUUGCUAGUCAAGAAGUCAAGUUGAGAGAGUUGCAAUACGAGCUUGAGCUUAAAGGCGUACGGACUGCUGUCCUUCCUGCGGACAUAAGCAACGAAGAGGAUGUCGCAAACCUCAUCCGAAAGACAUCGGAGAUACUUGGCGGAAUUGAUGAGAUGGUCGCAAACGCCGGUGUGAUCCUCGUCAAACCGAUCCUCGAGAUCAGUGCCAGCGAGUGGGACAAAGUACAAGCUAUUAAUGUACGAGGAGUCUUCUUGUGUUACAAAUAUGCAGCUCAGGAGAUGAUUAAGCAGGGCCGAGGUGGGAAGUUGAUUGGAGCUUGCUCUAUCUCGGGAUAUAGACCGUCCCAAUUUGCGCCAGCAUACUCAGUCAGUAAAUGGGCUGUACGAGGGCUCAUCCAAGCCGCUGCGAUGGAUAUGGCACAGCAUGGCAUUACAGUCAACGCAUACUGCCCGGGCAUGGUCCGUACCGACAUGUGGGGGACCAUUGACACUAGCCUUACGACCAAAAUGGGACUUCCUAAAGGCGCUGCCUUUGAGCAAGGUGUUGCAACUCGCAUUGCUUCUAAGAAACCUCAGACUCCUGAAGACGUCGCUGGUUUGGUCAGCUUUCUGGCCGGGAAAGACUCAGAUCAGAUCACUGGCCAGAGUCUGAUCGUAGACGGUGGUGUGGUAUUUUCGUAAGAGACGUGUCUGUCAUAACGGCUGAUCCAGCAAUACGCUUGUCCACCUGCAGACAGUCGGGCAACGGUUGUUCAGGGAUUCAUGGAGGUAUUGGCCGCAGCUGUGACUUGAAUCGAUGCGAUUCGCUUCUAAGACUUAUUUCUUAUCUCGCUAUUCG